UGGGCUUCACUGAGGCUGCGCAGAGCAGCGAGCUCCAACGCCUGCUUUCCACUGUUGUUGAAAGCGAACGGAGAACAACUGAGAUCUCCAGUGUCUUUUUUUUAAUGGAAAACAGAUUAAAUAUCUGCUGGUAAAACAGCCUGAGAGGAGAACGAGGAGGAGGGGGCGAGGAGAAGGAGCGACAGAGGAGAAGAGGAAGAGGACUGGGAGGAAAGAAUCGGGACAGUAUAAUGCUGCAGAUUUGACUGAAAGAUGUCCAACGUUACCAUGGAAGCGACCACCAUCCUCCCCAUCCUCAAGAAGAAACUGGCCUUUCUGUCAGGGGGCAAAGACCGGCGCAGUGGUCUGAUCCUGACCAUCCCUCUCAGCUCAGAUCAGACCAGCAUGGAGGAGCUCAGCGCCACACUGGACUACCUGCUCAGCAUCCCCAGUGAGAAGUGUAAGGCUCGGGGUUUCACCGUGAUCGUGGACGGACGAAAGUCUCAGUGGAACAUUGUGAAGACUGUGGUGCUCAUGUUGCAGAAUGUGAUUCCAGCCGAGGUGUCGCUGGUCUGCGUGGUGAAGCCAGAUGAGUUCUGGGAUAAGAAGGUCACACACUUCUGCUUCUGGAAAGAGAAAGACCGCCUGGGCUUCGAGGUGAUCCUGGUUUCGGCCAAUAAGUUGACUCGUUACAUUGAACCCUGUCAGCUGACGGACGAUUUUGGGGGAAGUCUGGACUACGACCACAGCGACUGGCUCAACAAGAGACUGGUUUUUGAGAAGUUCACCAAGGAGUCGACAUCACUGCUGGACGAGCUGUCGAUUAUCAAUGACACCGACAAGAGCAGCUCGGUGGAAAAGGACAAAUCAGCUGACUGUGCCCUCUUGCCAUCUUUUGACCCUGAGACUGUCCUUCAGACCGGUCAUGAGCUGCUGUCGGAGCUGCAGCAGCGUCGUUUUAACGGCUCAGAGGGAGGAGGAGGAGGACAGGGAGGUCCAGCCUGGUGUCCCAUGGAGGAGGAGCUGCUGGCUCAGCCUCAGGUGAUGAAGCUGCUGGAUUCGCUCAGGGAGCAGUACACCAGAUACCAGGAGCUCUGCAGGCAGCGAAACAAACGCACCCAGCUAGACGAGAUCCAUGCCAAGGUCAUGCAGGUGGUCACCUGGCUGCAGGGUCCAGGUUCAGAGCUGUUGAAGACUCAGCAGGCGAUCGGAGACUCGAGUCGAGCGGCUCAGGCCCUGCAGCAGAAACACGAGGAGAUCGAGAGCCAGCACAGUGAGUGGUUUGCGGUGUACGUGGAGUUGAACCAGCAGAUCGCUGCCUUGCUCAGUGCUGGGGAGGAGGAGGAAGUGGUGGAGUUGAAGGCGCUGCAGCAGCAGCUCAGUGACGUCUGCUACCAACAGGCGGCACAGCUGGAGGGCCGACAAAACGUCCUGCAGGCAGCACAGGGCUUCCACAGCACCACACAGGAGUUGUCCCAGCAGUUGGAUGGUCUGCUGGGCAUGCUCUGUGCGGACGUGGCUCCAGCUGACGGAGCUUCGAUUCAACAAAACCUCAAGCUGUUGGAGGAGAAGCUGCAGACUGUCGAGGCAGGUCUCGCUUCUCUGCGUCAGAAGGGGGCGCUGUUGCUGGAGCAGAUGUGCACCCAGCCGUCCUGGUCUCUGGAGGAAACAGAGAGUCCAGCUGGCGAACAGCAAGACAAUGUUCAGCACAUCCAGGCUGUGAUGGAGGAGAUGCAGCUCCGCAAGCAGAGGUGUGAGGACAUGGUGGAUGUGAGGAGGCUGAAGAUGCUACAGAUGGUCCAACUGUUUAAAUGUGAAGAAGAUGCUUUACAGGCGGUAGAGUGGCUUGGCGAGCUGUUGGACGCCCUGUUGAAGACUCACGUCAGACUUGGCGACGAGUCUCAGGAGACCAGGACCAUGUUGGACAAACACAGGAAGUUUGUGGACGUUGCUCAGAGCACCUAUGAUUAUGGCCGUCAGCUGCUGCAGGCGACCGUCGUCCUCUGUCAGUCUUUGCGCUGUACGACGCGCUCGUCCGGAGACACUCUGCCGAGACUCAACCGAGUCUGGAAACAGUUCAGUGUCAGCAGUGAGGAGAGACAACAGAGACUGGAGCUGGCUCUGGGCUUUCACACUGCCGCCGAGAGGGUGUUACAGCAGGAGUGUGUGGACACAGAGUCUCUGGAUGAAGUCGACUCUUCAGGGAAAACUCUGCUGGACAAACUGACCAUGCCUGUUAUCUUCCCAGAUGGGAGCGAGCAAUACUUUGGGAGUCCCAGCGACACGGCGGCGGCAGCGGAGGGCGUCAGAGAGCGCCUCCUGCUGGUGGAGGAGCGACGGCUGCAGCUGCAGGAGGCUGGGAUUCAUAAUGAGGAGGAGGAGGAGGUGCUAAACGGGCAGGAGGCACGGCUAGACGUGAUCGGAGAGGAACUGAGCGAGAAAGAGGAGCAAGAUGAGGAGGAAGAUGAGGAGGCGGAGCAACAGGAUGAAGACUUAGAGAGGGCCACACAGGACUGCUAAUGGAUCACUGAUGACGUUAAACCGAGCAGCCUUAAUGAAGCUCGUUAACGAAGGGCUGCUGAUUGAUUUCCACCGAAGCCUCCGAUUUGUUCUCCCUGAGCCACGAAAGCCCUCGAUUGGUUGCUUCUGUCUCACUGCAGCAGUAGGUUAUUCUUACUGAUGGUAUUUCUUUACAUUAAGACAUUACAUUUUCCAUCAGCCUCACUGCUUACCCUUCCUGAAAGAGGACAAACAAGAACGUGAUCUCUCCUUAGUUCUUUCACACUGUGAAAGCUUUACCACUGUUUGGAGGAACAGCGCCCACUAACUGUUCUUCUGCCGUUAAGCGAUCCUGCAGAUUUCCAUCCAAAUGUGUCCAGCUGGAUCACAAAUGUAAAAUACUGGACGUAUUUACUGGAAAUAUUAAUAUUCAUGUCUCUGGAUGAUCUGUUGAUGACGAUCGACUGUAAAAUAAUCAGUUUGGAUAAGAAUACUCCUAAUGUACACCUAACACCGCCUCCUCUUUCCCAGCAUGCCACUUGUUAUCCUAAGUGGGCAGAGCUUCCAUGGUGCUAACAUGGUUACAAAGUUUUAUGUCUGUGCCUCCUUCCAACUUCCCACGAGAUGUUACUUUUCGUUCAUGUUAUUGCAACACCCGCUAAGUCAUUGGCAGCUCUCUCACACUCAGCGCUGUGUUUGUCCUGCUUUAUACAAAGGAGGGGGUCUAAUCUCUUUUUCAUGAGUCCCACUGUGCUGAUGGCAAAUGACCAGACUGUCAAAACUCACAGCGAUGAGUAGUGCUGCAACCUCAGCACCCCGCACGCUGAGGUCACAGAUAGUGUGCUCAAAAAGCAACAUAACGAACUAUUUUAGUGCCUGCCCACACAGAUAUUGCACUAAUCAAAUUACAACACUGACAUCGUCAGUUGGUACCAAAAAUUCAGGCCCAUUGGAGAACAUCAAUAUACUGGGCACUAACUUUGCAGAAAAGUGAAUACAAUUUAAAUCUGUUCUUUUUGGUACAUAGCCCAGGAGGUGUCAUGGAUUUAAUAAUUUCACCUUCAUGCCAUUAGUCUUGUCUCGUCUUUACCCUUCACACUGUCACUAUGGUUCGCUUGGAUUUAAUACAGUUUUAUUUUGAUCUUGAUCUGAGAUAUGUGGAUAUACUUAGAGUUUUGGCUCUUAAACAAAAUGUAGUUUUAUCUUUGAGAUCCCUUAAAAGUGUAUUUACCUGGAUAACAGACUGUUUCGCUGUAAACACUUUGAAAGCUGGCUUCAUAAAUGUCUGUCGUCUUUUUCAAACCUCCGGCUGACUGAAUGCACCGCAACAAAGGGGUUUGCUGCCCUCCACAAGAGGGAGGAGGCAAAAUAUGUAAUAUUUUGAGAGCAAGAAUUAUUACAUUUUGCGCACACAUUAUUUCUUUUUCGACACUGCCGUAUUUUGGCACUUACAGAUUUGGCCAAAUAAAAACACAACUAGAAACACCAAGGAAAGAUAGAUUGAUAUCUUAGCAAAAAUGGAUUUUAAUUUCAGUUCAACUUCAAGCCCCACUGAUUGGACAUUUCUUGGUGAAAUAGUCUGUGGGACUUUUAGUCAACACAAUUUUAACAUGAAUGCAUCCAUGAUGCUUACGUCUUUCUAGGACCCAGACGCUCAGACCACUUUGCUGCUCUAAACAAACCCUCUGCCUUGUUGAUGGAAAUCAGACUGUGCUGCUUGCUCUGGUCCAGACUAACCACAGAGUGACCUCAGACUGGGAGCGCUGAGACUGGUGGUCAUUUGCCAACAUGGUAACAUCAGGACAGAAUCCUUUUUUAUUUAUUUGACUUUUUUUCAAGCAAACCUUGCUGUAAUUGGUUGGUAUUUUUGACCAAUAACUGCUGCUGUAAGUGUAACCGCUAAAUACUACGUCUUGCUUUGUGUCUUCUCCAUCCAAUGACAUCUACAAUGACAUCAGUAUUACAUCAUCCUCUAAAUAAAGAAGCGUUUUGAAGUUGC